AUCGCCUGCAUGGACAGUAAAAUGCCUUCCCAUAUACGCCAUACCGCUCUUCGCGCUGCUCACAGUGCCCGAGAAGAAAUUGUCUCGAUCGAUGCCAUUGAUGAUGCGAGGCUACGAGCGAUGAUUUUGACCAAUCUCUCCCCCGCUAUUCUGUCCGUGCUUUGUCCGCAUUCAGGUACAAUACCCGUCAAUGAUGAUCCCGACUACUUUUUCGACUCUGAUCGCGACUUGUGCUAUCUGGAAAUAAUCUUUACCCUCGCGAGGAAUUCCAUUUGGCACCCCCAUUUAUCUCAGGAUCGCCAUAUCGAUCAGUGCACUAGCAUGAUUCCGAAGUACUGCAAUUACGAAGACUACAGUCAGCAUGCCUUUUGUAUAGCUGGUAUCCUCCUUCGCAUCGCACCUGAACAGACAUCGGAUACAUCGCUCGAUUCUGUUACAGAGCAGCAGUGGUGGGACGUGAUGAGAUGCGCGUGGUAUUAUGUUCCCUAUGCCAUUCACAGAACACGCGAUUUCGAGCUCCUUGCCCUUGUGGAUGGCACAAAGAAGUAUAUGCAGAUUGCUUCGAAAUCUUGUCUCGAGAAUCUCAUCAGAGAUGUCGAUCGUGUUGUGGACAUGGGACUGGAGAUAGGACCGGAGAUGCAAGGUUUAGAGCAAGCAGAGGGGAUCAUCACUAUUUCUGUGAAGGAAUUGAGGACUGCAGCCAGUAGCAUGCUGGAGGGUUUUGAUUAGUUGCCUAAUUAUGACGGUGCUUGCAUAUUGUUAGAGUCCUGGAAUCGAAGCAAGUCAUGGGACA